UCUACUCCUGCUGUUUCUCUACUUCUUACUGGUCUCCUUCAGUUGUAGUUUCUCUGCAGCAGUUCGACCAUGAAGGCUGAUUCACACAGUCUCCUCUGCUUGAACUCUGGGAAACAUUGAUCUGAGCUGCUGUAAUGUACUUGUCCUCUGCAGCAGAGGAACUCUUGGCCUUCCUGUCCUGAUUGGUCCUCAUCAGAGCCAGUUUCAUCAGAGCGUUCGAUGGUUUUUGCGCCAGCGCUUGAAGAAACCUUCAAAGUUCUUGGAAUGUUCUGGAUUGACUGACCUUCAUGUCUUAAAUGUCUGGUGUCGUCGGUCCAGGCUGUCAUGGCCUCGUCAGCCGGAUGUGUCAUCGCCUCGUCUUGCAGGGACGUCAUAGAGGACAAGCACUGGCUGACCAAUGCCUACAUCCUCUUUGCCACGCCUUACUUUGCCUACGACAUCUACGCCAUGUUCCUGUGUUACUGGCACAAGCUGCAGGUCAAAGGUCAUGAGGAGGGCGGUGUCAGGUCGAUGAGCGCUGCUGUAGCCGGUUACCUGCGCAGAGAGCCUCUCAUGGUGCUGCAUCAUGUCUUCAUGGUGGCCUUCUGCUUCCCCGCCUCGCUGCUGUGGCGGCAGGGUAAAGGUGAUUACUUCCAGGGUGUUUUGUUUCUGGCUGAACUCAGCACACCAUCCGUCUGUCUGGGGAAAGUCCUGAUCCAGUACAAGAAGCAGCACACUCUCCUGCACAAAGUGAACGGCGUGCUCAUGCUGCUCACCUUCUUCAGCUGUCGGGUUCUGCUCUUUCCUUACCUGUAUUACGCCUACAGCAGGUACGCCUCCAUCCCCGUGUACGAGGUGCCCCUGGUGGCCCCGUGGCAGUGUAACCUGGGGGCCGCUCUGCUGUGGCCCCUCCAGCUCUACUGGUUCACACUGAUCUGUAGAGGGGCCCUCCGCCUGUCCGCAGGACGUCCGAGCUCAACGCCGCCGACUUUUCAAACUGACGGCUGCAUGAACUGGAGUGACAGCUGCUCGCAGCGUCAGACGGACAAACGCUGACGCUGGAUACAAAGACCAGAUGGAGAAACUUAAAGCUUCAACUGGAGUUGAAGAAAAAGAGACACUGACGCUGGUGAGAUUCUGUUUACUGCAGAUAAAACCAGAGAAAAGACGUUUUGAUGUGAAAAUCAUAAACAGGAGCUUUGAACAAAGUGUUUAAUGUAAGAAGAGAGAAUGAAGAAGAUCCUCUUUAACAUGGAAAAGGUGAAAAAGUCUGAAAACUAAUGAAUGAAAUGAACAUUAAAAGUCCAUCAUGAACACGUUUUAA